CUUAGCAACCUGAAGAGAUGCAUUGUGGGUGCUGUUAAUGUUGUCGGCCCUGCAGUUGAGUAGUAGAACUAAGAUCCCUUCGAUCGUCCGAGGGGCUGCCCGUCUUGCUCGGAGAGAGCAUAAAGAUGAAGCCACGUUAAGGGAAGGGAAGAAAGAGAAAGCAAUGCGAGCGUGCAAAUAGCAGAAUAUCUGACAAAGUCCCUGUAUGCCAGUUUUCAUUUAUCCUUUUGUUUGUUUUACAGAUUUUUCAAAAAUCUUUUCAGCAGCUGAGCUUCUGAGGUUAAAAUGAUGAAAAAUGUCCACCUGGCACCUGAGACAGAUGAAGAUGAUCUUUAUUCUGGGUACAAUGACUAUAAUCCUACCUUUGACACAGAGGAUUUAGAGAAUGAUCCAGCUUUUCAGCGUGCUGUCAAAACUAGUCAUGGUAGAAGACCACCAGUUACAGCCAAGGUUCCAGGCACAUCAGCGUUGCGACCAUUAGCUACUGGAUAUGGAUCAAAGACAACACUGUCUUCAUCAAUGAGCAGACCAAUGACUGCAGCUGUACAGGAUGGUAUUGCUCGACCUAUGACAGCAGUGCAGGCAGCAGGUUACACCAAAGCAGCUUCAAGAGGUUCUGCAUUUGAUCCCCUUGGCCAAGCAAGAGGUUCUGCUCCUCCCUUAGAAAUGAAAAAUGAAGAUAGUCCAGAAGGAAAAAUUAAACAGUUGGAAAAAAAGGUAAAUGAGUUGGUUGAAGAAAGCUGCAUUGCUCACAGCUGCGGAGACCUCAAGUUGGCUCUUGAAAAGGCAAAAGAUGCUGGAAGAAAGGAAAGAGCAUUAGUAAGGCAACGUGAACAGACUAUGUCUCCUGCAAAUGUCAACCUAGAUCUUACAUAUACUGUACUUUUCAAUUUGGCCAGCCAAUAUUCUGCUAAUGAAAUGUACGCAGAAGCAUUAAAUACCUAUCAGGUCAUCGUGAAAAAUAAGAUGUUCGUCAAUGGAGGGAUGCUGAAGGUGAACAUGGCAAAUAUUUAUUUGAAACAAAGAAACUAUUCAAAAGCUAUAAAAUUCUACCGUAUGGCUCUAGAUCAGAUUGCAAGUGUCCAUAAAGAGAUGAGGAUUAAAAUAAUGCAGAACAUUGGAAUUGCAUUUAUUAAAACUGGCCAAUAUACAGAUGCUAUUAACUCAUUUGAACACAUUAUGAGCACAUCUCCGAACCUGAAAGCAGGCUUCAACUUGAUCCUUUGCUAUUUUGCUACUGGAGACCAAGAACAAAUGAAAAAAGCCUUCCAAAAGUUGAUUUCAGUUCCUUUGGAAAUUGAUGAUGAUGACAAAUAUAUUUCACCAGCUGAUGAUCCACAUACGAACCUAUUGAUGGAAGCUAUUAAAAAUGACAGCUUAAGGCAAAUGGAGCGUGAAAGGAAAGCAACAGCAGAGAAGUAUAUAAUGACGGCUGCUAAACUCAUCGCACCAGCAAUUGAAACAUCGUUUGCUAUAGGCUAUGACUGGUGUGUUGAAGUAGUAAAAGCUUCUCAGUAUGUGGAGUUAGCCAAUGACCUGGAAAUCAAUAAAGCAAUUACAUAUCUGAGGCAAAAGGAUUUUAAUCAGGCGGUGGAGACUCUAAAGAUGUUUGAAAAAAAGGAAAGUCGAGUUAAAAGUGCAGCUGCAACAAACCUUUCAUUUCUUUAUUUCUUGGAGAAUGAAUUUACACAGGCAAACAUCUAUGCAGAUUUAGCAGUAAAUUCUGAUAGAUACAACCCAUCUGCUCUCACAAAUAAAGGAAACACUGUUUUUGCAUGUGGAGACUAUGAGAAGGCAGCAGAGUUCUAUAAGGAAUCUUUAAGGAAUGAUUCUUCAUGUACUGAAGCACUUUAUAACAUUGGUUUAACUUACAAAAAAUUGAACCGGUUAGAUGAGGCGUUGGACUCUUUUCUGAAACUUCACGCUAUCCUUCGAAACAGUGCCCAGGUUCUCUUCCAAAUAGCAAGCAUAUAUGAAAUAAUGGAGGACCCUAAUCAAGCCAUUGAGUGGCUUAUGCAACUCAUCAGUGUUGUUCCAACAGAUUCACAUGCUUUAGCAAAGCUUGGAGAACUCUAUGAUAAUGAAGGGGAUAAGUCUCAAGCAUUUCAAUAUUACUAUGAGUCCUAUCGGUAUUUCCCUUCAAACAUUGAGGUCAUUGAAUGGCUUGGAGCCUAUUACAUUGACACGCAAUUUUGUGAAAAAGCUAUUCACUACUUUGAAAGAGCAGCGCUCAUUCAACCAACUCAAGUGAAAUGGCAGUUGAUGGUUGCUAGCUGCUACAGAAGAAGUGGUAAUUAUCAAAAAGCUCUUGAUACGUACAAGGCGAUUCACAAAAAGUUUCCAGAUAAUGCUGAAUGUCUACGCUUCUUAGUCCGACUCUGCACAGACAUGGGGUUGAAAGAAACCCAAGAGUAUGCAAUAAAGCUUAAGAGGGUGGAAAAACUGAAAGAAAUAAGGGAGCAGCGUGUCAAAUCUGGCAGAGAUGGUAGCGCCCGUGCCCGCAGAGAAGGAAGCGCUGGUGGUGCUAGGAGGGGGUGCAACCAGGAUCAGGCCUACAGGAGCGGCGGAUGCUUUAACAUUUCACUCUACUGUGAUCCCACUCCAGAUCUCCCCAUGGAUGCUCCAUGCCCCAGGUGGUAAGCUGCCACUGAUAUAAGUGGGUUCAGAUCAGUUGGCAGCUAUGAGAGGUUCUGAUGCAAGUCACGAAAAAAGUUAAUGCCUCUCUCCACCAUUGCCAUUCCAUGGUCCUGAUCCUGACCAUCUGGGGCCCCCUGCAGAUGAUACUUAGCAAACAAACAAAUACUCAAAGAGUGAUUGACAGUUGCAGACAUCUUCACUAACUGUGCAGCCACAUGCUGGGAAGAAGUAUUCCCAAGCAAUUGCUUCUUUAGUUCCACAAGACUGAUCACACAAGGUGAUGCUUGCCAGUCUCGCCUUCCCCCCAGAAAUGCCCUGCACCACCUGAAAAUAUGUCCCCAAGGUUUGGCCAGUGUAAUUAAUGCCACAUUUAGUCUGGCCCCAAGUCACUAAAACAGCAUGAAAAAGUAAAAUGAAUACAAGUUCAUCUCAGAUUCCACCAUUAAGAACAUUAAGUUACAUCUACUAAUAAAUCAACCAACUGGAAAUUAGGGAUGUGUGAAUUGAUAUGGGUACAAAUUGAUUUGUACCUGAAUCUAGCUGAUUUGGGCAAUUUGGAGGCACAGCAAAUCGCCCCUGUGGUCCAUUGGCUAGAUUCAAGUCCAAAUCAAAUAGCACCAGAUUCUGUUUGAAUUGAUUCAAGAUUUGGAUUCAUCCUAUCAAUUCCCCCAUAUUCCUAGCUUUCAUUUUUAAAAAAGCUAAGCUCUAGACCUUGUAGAAGUGGAGUUAUGGAGCCAAAUGUGUGGUCACUAUUUUUCAAGUGUUUGGAUUCUUUGGUGUAUAAUAACUUUUCCUCAAUGAAUCCCUAUGAGGAUUCAUUACACACCUUCAUUUCUUCUGUUCAUUUUGACUUUCUUUGGAUGGUGCUAACUGUCAUGUACCAACUACACCCGCCUCCUACACGCAAGGCAGUGGGGUACUACUCAGUAUGUUCUAGGAAUUUUUUCAAGUGUUUAGACUCUGGUGUCUGAUAACCUUUCCAUAUAACGAAUCCCUAUGAGGAAUCUAAACACCUCAAAAAUUCCUAAAAUGUGUGUGUUAUGGGGAGCGGGUAGUUGACACUUGACAGUUGGCACUAUUCAAUCCUAACAUUUGAAAAAUAGUUGCCGCAUAUUUUGCUCCAUAACUCCACUUGUAAAGGACUAGAGCUUUUUUUUUUUUUUUAAUGAAAGCUAGGGAUCCAUGUUAGGGUUAGGAUGCACUGGCAUUUUCUUGCACUGAAUGUAAGCCUUUAUCAGCUCCCUUUAAAUCAAUCUUUAUUACAGUCAGUGACCAACAAGACAAAACAACAUAAUUCUACAACUCAUACAUACAUUACUGACUAUCAUUGAUUAUAUCAUUGUUACUCAUAUUGACUAGACAAGCACAGGACGUGCCCUAGAUGCUAAAAAACAAAAUUUAGCUACUUUAUAGGUGACAUAGGAAUCUCUAUCCUCUAAAAGAAACUUAACAUAAAAAUUGUCCAAAUAUCCUAGGAAUUUCACUAAUAAUGGUAAAAUCAAAUCCAAUCUCAAAUCUCGAUAGAAGCAACAUUGCAAAAGAACAUGAGUUAUUGUUUCGAUCUCACCAGUGCCACAAAGGCAUUGUCAUUGUGAAAUAAGCAUAUGCUGAAAUCUACCUUCCAAUAAUGCUGAAGGGAGGGCAUUGAAACAAGCCCUAGAAAAUGCCCAGCAAUAUUUGGAGUAUGUCAAAUAUGAAUAGGGCCGCUGUUGCAAUUAUAGAGGAUUCCCUCAGUAUCUUAUAGGAGCUAGGCAACAGAUUUCUAUCAUUCUGCUGUUCAAUGUCCUUUAUACACUGUUGAAUCAUUUCCUUUGUCUGUUCAUGACCCAAGGAAAGUAGAAAAUCAAGAGAAACACCACAGAAAAACAGCUAUAACCCUCUGACAAGAAGAUUGGAAAUUAUCCACAAAUAUCAAGGGUAUCAGUCCUACAGGAUUAAAAUGAAGCUUAAGCCAGAAAUUAAAUAAUGACCAUCCAAAUUCUGACUUCUGUUCUAAUCAAACCUGCUUUCAGCCUUAGUGCAGCAUUGGCAACACAUCUUGGCGUUAUAAAGGGCUCUUAAAAAUCCAGAUUGGACCCUCUCAAGUAGGUCAAAGUUAGCGUAAGGGCUGGCCCCCAAUCUGCAGUGGGGAGUAAAUACUGAUAUUUUUUACUGGGUAGUUGUAGAUUACUAAAAUACUGUAUGUAAAAUGCUCUGGACUAUCUACAUCUUAAUAUUAAUGUGAAAAAUAUAUCACUUAUCAUAUCAUGAAAAUAAUCAAAUGUUCUUGCGGUCUUGUGCUUCUGCUAUCUACCUGAGGUUUUAUGGAAUGUUUUCACUCUUC